CAGGGCCCAGUGGCUGACAGGGCAGGAGACAAUUGAUGGUGCUCUUUUGAUUUUUCUUUUCCCCUCUUUUCUCUCUCUCUUUUACACAUAGAGUCUCAUGUCUAGCAUCGUUUAGACAUGAUGAGCUGUGUGCAGAGAGUCAUUUUGCUUUUCCUUGCUGUGUUGCAACCCUCAGUUAUCUUGGCACAACAAGAUGUUGUCCAAGGAACAUGUUCCCACCUUGGCCAAAUGUACGCUGACCGAGACGUCUGGAAACCAGAACCAUGCCAAAUCUGUGUUUGUGACUCAGGAUCUGUUCUUUGUGAUGAAAUUGUCUGUGACGACCAAGAAUUAGAAUGUCUCAAUCCAGAGAUUCCAUUUGGAGAAUGUUGCCCAGUUUGUCCACAACCAUCAACGCCUGAUCCUUCUUCCAAUCCUCCUAGACCUGAUGGCCCGGGCCCCAGGGGAGAUCCUGGUCCACCUGGAACUCCUGGAAGAAAUGGUUCACCUGGCCCACCUGGCCCACCUGGCAGUCCUGGUCAACGUGGUGAGCCUGGAUACUGUCAAAAUUGCCCCAGUGUCAGUGGAGGACUACCUCAGUAUGAUACCUAUGAUGUCAAGUCUGGUGGACUUGGAGGAGGAGGAUAUCCUGGGGCACCUGGGCUUCCUGGACCCGCUGGGCCUCCUGGGCCUCUAGGUCAGCCAGGUCCACCUGGACCUCAUGGAUACCAAGGCUCUCCUGGUGAACCUGGGCAAUCUGGUGCUCCGGGCCCUCCUGGUCCCCCAGGACCAAUUGGUCCAUCUGGCCAGUCCGGAAAAGAUGGAGAAUCUGGAAGACCUGGCAGACCUGGUGAACGUGGAUUGCCUGGCACUCCUGGCCACAAAGGUCCCCCUGGCAUGCCUGGAAUGCCCGGAAUGAAAGGUCACAGAGGCUUUGAUGGGAGAGAUGGUGCCAAAGGUGAUGCUGGUCCUGCUGGUCCAAAGGGUGAAGAUGGAGUUCCUGGUAACAAUGGAUCCCCUGGUCCAAUGGGUCCCCGAGGUCAACCUGGUGAAAGAGGAAGAGGAGGACUCCCAGGAACUGCUGGUGGUCGUGGUAAUGAUGGCGCUCCAGGAGCAGCUGGCCAACCAGGACCACCCGGCCCUCCUGGACCUUCAGGAUUUCCAGGCUCUCCAGGUUUUAAGGGUGAAAAUGGUCCUGUUGGUCCCCCAGGCUCUAGUGGCUCUCCUGGACCAAGAGGAGAACCUGGUCCUCAAGGCUCAGCUGGUGGUCCUGGUCCUCCUGGUCCUGGAGGACGAGAUGGAAGUCCAGGUGCAAAAGGUCUACCAGGCGCUGCUGGCAUUCCUGGCCCUUCUGGAUUGAGUGGACCCCGCGGUCCUCCUGGACCCGCUGGUACUAAUGGAAUCCCUGGACAAAGAGGGCCAUCUGGUGAACCUGGUAAGAAUGGCGCAAAAGGAGAAUCGGGUGCACGAGGCGAGCGGGGUGAAAAUGGUACUCCUGGUGCUGCCGGUCCUCCAGGGGAAGAAGGCAAAGCGGGUUCACCUGGUCAGCCUGGCACAAAUGGUAUACCAGGAAAUCCAGGAGAAAGGGGUGCCCCAGGUUUCCGUGGUCCCGCUGGUAGUAAUGGGCCUCCCGGUGAAAAGGGUGCUCCUGGUGAACGAGGUGGUCCAGGCAGUGCAGGACAAAGAGGUGCUCCUGGUGAACCUGGACGUGAUGGAAAUCCUGGUCUUCCAGGAAUGAGAGGCUUAACAGGAAGUCCCGGAGGCCCAGGAUCAGAUGGAAAACCAGGCCCUGCUGGUUCUCCCGGAGAAUCAGGGCGAAGUGGUCCUCCAGGCCCAGCAGGUCCCCGAGGUCAACCAGGUGUGAUGGGUUUUCCUGGUCCAAAGGGCAGUGAGGGUGCACCAGGUAAAAAUGGAGAAAGAGGUUCUCCUGGACCUCCUGGUUCACAGGGAAUACCUGGAAAAGAUGGCGAAUCAGGAGGCCAAGGCCCCCCCGGACCUGGUGGUGCUCCUGGUGAAAGAGGAGAGCCAGGAGCAACAGGUCCACCUGGAUUCCAGGGAUUGCCUGGUACUGCAGGAGCACCUGGAGAGAGUGGCAAGCCGGGUGAAGCGGGUCCAAGAGGUGAAAAUGGAGUCCCAGGAAACCCAGGGAGCAAGGGUGAAAAUGGUGUCCCAGGUGAACGAGGCGGACAAGGUCCUCAAGGUCCUGCAGGGCCCAGAGGUGGAGUUGGCCCUGCUGGACCAGAAGGUGAAAAGGGCCCUGCUGGUCCUACGGGUCCUCCUGGGGGAAUGGGACCACCAGGUUUGCAAGGAAUGCCAGGAGAAAGAGGAGGUUCUGGAAGCCCUGGACCCAAGGGAGAAAAGGGAGAGCCUGGUGGCAGAGGUGGUGAUGGUUUACCUGGUAAAGAUGGAGUACGGGGUCCUUCAGGUCCCAUUGGACCCCCUGGUCCAGCCGGCCAAAGUGGUGACAAGGGAGAGCCUGGUCCAGCUGGACCUCAUGGCCCAACAGGCCCUCGUGGCGGUCCUGGUGAUCGAGGUGAGUCAGGUCCUCCUGGUCCUGCUGGCUUCCCUGGAGCUCCAGGACAAAAUGGGGAACCUGGUGGAAAAGGAGAGAAAGGGCCUGCUGGUGAAAGGGGUGAACCUGGAUCUCCAGGGGCUGCAGGUCCACCAGGAGGACCUGGUAUACCCGGUCCAUCUGGUCUACUCGGAGGAAAAGGAGAACGCGGUCCUCAAGGUCUUCCAGGUCAGGCUGGCUUUCCUGGUGGCCGUGGCUUACCUGGUCCUCCUGGUAACAAUGGAAACCCAGGGCCACCUGGCAACUCAGGUCCUGCAGGCAAGGAUGGACCCCCUGGCCCAUCUGGUGCUACUGGCCCCCCUGGUGGCCUAGGGCCUGCAGGUCCAAAAGGUGAGCCUGGACAACCAGGUGAAAAGGGCCCAGCAGGUGUCAGAGGAGAACGGGGUUUACCAGGUUCUUCAGGACCUCCAGGUAUAACCGGAAGCCCUGGAAUUGUGGGAUUGCCAGGCAUGAGAGGCUUGCAAGGCAUGGGUGGUCAACCAGGUAUAAAGGGUGAAGAUGGAAAGCCAGGAAGCAAUGGUGUACCAGGAGAACGAGGUCCUCCGGGUCCACAAGGUUCUUCUGGGUUGAAUGGACCACCAGGAGAAUCAGGCCGAGAUGGUAACCCUGGAUCAGAUGGCUUACCAGGUCGUGAUGGAUCUCCAGGACCCAAGGGUGAUCGUGGUGAAAAUGGUUCUCCUGGUUUGCCAGGAGCUCCAGGUCAUCUUGGUCCCCCAGGUAAUUCUGGUCCAGCUGGAAAACCCGGUGAAAGAGGACAUCCAGGGUCUUCUGGUCCAGCUGGCCCUGCUGGCCCUGCUGGUGCUCGUGGUGCUCCUGGCCCUGCUGGUGCACGCGGUGACAAAGGUGAACCUGGUGAACGUGGUAACAAUGGGAUAAAGGGUCAUCGAGGAAUGCCUGGUACCCCAGGCCCUCCUGGUCCAUCUGGUGCACUGGGACCCCAAGGUCCAAAUGGAAACCCAGGACCUUCAGGUGCUAGAGGUCCCCCUGGACCAGGUGGUCCUCCUGGAAAAGAUGGUACUAGUGGCUACCCUGGCCCCAUUGGUCCUCCAGGUCCCCGUGGGAGCAGAGGUGAAUCUGGAACUCCGGGCCCAGCUGGUCAUUCUGGUCCACCAGGGCCUCCUGGUCAACCUGGAGCUCCUGGCCCAUGUUGUGGUGGUGUUGGUCCUGGUGCUAUAACUGGUGAGAAAGGGCCAUCCUAUUAUAGAGAUGAGCCAGCGGAGGACAGAGUCACCAUGACAGAUAUAAUGUCUUCUCUGAAAUCAAUAAAUAACCAGAUUGAAAACAUUGUUAGUCCUGAUGGCUCCCAGAAAAACCCAGCUCGUAACUGCAGAGACCUAAAAUUCUGCCAUCCUGAACUCUCAAGUGGAGACUAUUGGAUCGAUCCUAACCAAGGUUGCAAACUGGAUGCUAUUAAAGUAUUCUGCAAUAUGGAAACUGGGGAAACAUGCAUCAAUGCUGCUCCGAGAAGUGUUCCACAGAAAAACUGGUGGGCCAGUCCAGGACCUGAAAAGAAGCAUAUUUGGUUUGGAGAGUCUAUGAAUGGAGGCUUCCAGUUCAGCUACGGAGAUCCAAACCUUCCAGAAGACGUUACAGAUGUGCAGUUGGCAUUCCUCAGAAUUCUUUCUAGUCGAGCCUCUCAGAACAUCACCUAUCACUGCAAGAACAGCAUAGCUUAUAUGGACGAGGCCAGUGGGAAUGUAAAGAGAGCAUUAAAGCUUAUGAGUUCUACUGACAGUGAAAUCAAGGCAGAAGGAAACAGCAAAUUCACAUACACUGUUCUGGAAGAUGGCUGUACUAAACAUACAGGUGAAUGGGGCAGAACAGUUUUCGAGUACAGAACACGCAAGCCAAUGAGAUUGCCUGUGAUAGAUAUUGCACCCUUUGAUAUCGGCGCUCCCAAUCAGGAAUUCGGUGUGGACAUUGGCCCAGUUUGCUUCUUAUAAACCAAGAAAAAUGCUCAUUCUGAACCCAAACAAAUUCACACUCCAUCUUUGCUCUUCUUGUUUUAACCUUGUCAACUAUAAGAGUCAAAUCAACUGUAUCCCAAUUAUUUAUUUUUUAAAAAUCUGGAGAGAGAGAAAAGCAUAAAUUGACAUAAAGGGUUACCAUUUUCUUAUUUUGCUCUUACACAAAGUACAACCAAAUGCCUCUUGCUCUAUUCUUUCACCACAAUUUCAUCUUCAAAAAAUAUCUCCAUGGUGCUACGUUACAACUUCAACACUCAGUACAGCAAAACUGUGUAAUGUUAAUUGAAUGUUUGCCCACCAAUCAAGCACUGACGGAUUCCAGCAUCCAACUUUACCCUCCAUUAUAUGAUGCAGUUCAUAAUGCUAGAGAUCCCUGUUUCAACUACCUCAACAUGGCCAGAAACUGGGAUGAGUUUGAUGAUUCACACUGAGGGAGCUAAACCAAAAUAUGUCGGAACCAAUGAAUACAUCUGGUCAAAUUUUCUGUUUCUGUGCUGAUUAGUGGUGAACACAGUACAGACCGUCAAAAGAAGCAAAUGCCAUAUUGUCAACAGACUAAUAUAAUGUUAUUGCUGGACUGCAUUGCAUUUUUAAGGGUGCUCCUAUACUUUCCUGUCAUUGCUGGUCAAGACCACUAAAAUUAGGGAAGUGUAAAGAUUAAUGUGAUGGUGCUAGUUGUGUAUUUUUCACUUCUAAAUCUGCAAGCCAGGUUUAUUGGCUUGCAAAAGACAUCAAGGCUUGACAACAAUUGUAAAUGUCUUUCUUUGAACAUCUUGUCAUUGAUAGGCCGUUUCUGAGGGCUUUCCCCCCUUCACUCUGUAAAAGUCAAUCAAGAUGCAGAAUCAUGAGCUUCUUUUGUCACAUUAACACACUUAUAGUGUUGGAGGUAACCAUCUUUGUAAGCUUUUAUAUGGUUGUUGGUCUUUUUCCUUACAGAGACACAUAAUAAAAUAUUGUAAUAAAACA